AUGGAAACUACAAACAACAUUAAAACUAACAUCACAUUAGCCAACCAAAUCUCUUCAAACCGAAGGCUCCUUCCUCGGCCAGCCGAAUCCAAGCCGUUGAUCGAAAUCCAUCCAACGGCUACCCUAUCUCCGUUCUCGGCUGUUGUGCCGCCUCAGUAUAUCGGGACUUCUCGGCCACAACUUUCGGUGAGUCUCGACACGAUAAACGAGGAAACUGCAGAGGAUUAUGAGCCGUUGAUUGACGAUCGUCUUGCGGACGGCUUGGAUUGUAGUAAGCUUGUGGAGGAGACAUAUGUUCUGUUUGUGUCUGAAAUGGGCAAAGCUUCUUACAAGACAUGUUUUCAGGAGAUUCAAGAAAACGUAAAUGCUAUUCAAAUGAAGGAAACAGUCGAGGAGAAUGCCAGUACCACGGAAAGGGUAUUUCAAGACCGUCAAUAUCAGAUUGAUGCUGCCAUUGUUCGUAUAAUGAAGACGAGAAAAGUGCUGAGCCACACUCUGUUGAUAACCGAACUCUUCCAGCAGGUAAAAUGA